AUGUCGAUUAUUCGAUAUCGAUUUAAAGCAGACAAAAAUUUUGAAUCAGUAAAAAUUGAUGGAAUGAAUUGUUCUCUUGGAGAACUUAAACGUUUAAUUGCGGCAAAAUCAUCACGUUCAGCAUCAUAUCAUCCCAAGGAUGAUUAUGAUUUAAUUAUUAGCAAUGCAAAUACACAUGAAGAAUACAAAGAUAAUUCAGAUUUAAUACCUCGAAAUGCAAGUGUCAUCGUAGCUCGACGUAUACGUGGCAUAUUUGAUACAUUAACACCAACAUCAAAUCAGAAACCUGUUGUUUCAUCUGAUGAUAUUGUUAAAGAUAUCCUUUUACCUGCGAUGUUGAAUCAAAAUCAAAGUUCGUCAAAUACAUCAUCAUCAUCAGUCAUUGAAACAAAUGCGAUUCCAUUAGAAAAGUUGACUGAGUCGACAAGUAAUGGUCCGGUGAAAGAAAUGACUGAAGAUGAAUUAAUUAAAGAAAUUCAAUUAGGUUCUCAUGCUCGUUAUGUAACAAAUCAACAACCAUAUCGUACGAAUUUAUUUGUUUGUCAUCAUUGUAAACAACCUGGUCAUAUAAAAAAUCAAUGUCCUUCAUUGCUGCAGUCAUCAAAUUCAAAUUCAUCUGGUAAUUCAUCAAAUUCACAAUCAUCAUCUGCUAAUGAUGGAACACAAGGGACAAAUUCAGGUCCAAUUCGACCAAAUCUACCACAUUCAUCUCAUAUUGUUACACGUCAUGCCCCAUAUCAAAUGUCUUAUCAUCAUCGUGGAAAUCGUUCACAUCGUGGAGCAGGACAUCCACGUGGUGAACCAUUACCAAAAAAGACAACAGGUAUACCACGUGAUCGUCUUAUUCCAGUUCCAAAACAUAUACCUGGUGCAUUAAGAGAUCAAAGUGGUGCUUCCGUUGUACCAAGACAAAUGGCUGAAUUAUACAUUGAACGAAGUGAAAAGAAAGCCGAUGCAUUGGCACAAAUAUCUCGACAAAAUGAUGAAAAAGGUGUUUCAUUAUCAAUUCCAUCUUCAUCAAAAACAACUGAUGAAGAUCUUCCACCUAAUGAUCUUCUUUGUCCUUUAUGUAAACGAGUUUAUACUGAUGCUGUUAUCACACCUUGUUGUAAUCUUAGUUUUUGUGAUGAAUGUAUUCGUACAGCUUUAAUUGAAAGUUCUGAGCAUGAAUGUCCGUCUUGUCAUUGUCAACAUGUCGCUAUUGAUCAGAUCAAUCCUAAUUUAUAUUUACGAAAUCAUAUUAAACGUUGGCAUGAACGACAAAAUCAAUCAUCUUAUUCACACCCAUCUGCACCACAACAAACAUUAGAUCAAGAUUCGGAAACAACAUCAACAAAUACUUCAAAUCUAAAUGAAAUUGAUGAAUUUGAUACAGCUAUUCUUUCAACAAAUUCACAUCAACAUGUAACAUCAGUUAAAUCAGCACCAAUUAUUAUUAAAAUGCAACCACGUGGAAAAAGUCAAUCACCACCACCUCUUGUUUCAACUCGACCAGCUGAUAUGACAUUUGAAGAUGAAAAAACAUCCGAUUCAAAUCAUAUAACAUCUAGUCAAAAAGAUAUGAAUACAAAUGAAGAAAUAACAGAUACAUUACCAUCAACAAUUACGAAUACUCCUAUUGAAAAUGAACGACUAGAACGUGAAACUCCUCCAUCUCAAAUUGCACCUCCAAAUAUAAUUUAUACUUCUCCAUCACCUUCAACAACUAUUGCACCAACAGCUGCUGUUGUUCCUCAUUAUUAUCCAACUCCUCCACAGCAUCAUAAUAUAAUCUAUCCUCAUCACAUUCCUCCAGCAACAUCCAAUGGUCUCUAUCAAAUUCAACCAAAUUAUUAUCCACCUCCAAUGGGUGUUCGUUAUCCUCCUGCUGGAAUACAUCAUUAUCCACCAUAUGCACCACCUCCACCCGUUCAUCAUCAUCCUAUUCCUCCUCCUCGUCCAAUUAUUCCACCUCCACAUAUUCCAACAAAUGGUUAUAAUAUGCCCGGUUUUCAUCCUCAUACAAAUGUACCAUUUACAUCCACAUCAACAUUUAUUACUCAUCAUCAAACAGCUACACAACCAAUAUCAACAGCUUUAUCCGAAGAUGAAUUUUAUACAAAACAACGUUAUUUUCAACGAUUUCAACGAUCACCUAGUCGUCGUCGUUCACGUUCUUCAUCUUAUUCUUCAUAUUCAAGCAGUGAUUCUCGUAGUUCAUCACGUUCACGUUAUGAUAGUCGUCGUCGUCGAUCGUCUCGUAGUCGUAGUCAUCGACGAAUAAAAAAAUCACCAAGUCGAGAGAAUCGUCGACAACGACGAUCAUCAUCUUAUCAAAGUCGUCGACGACCACCAGUUGAUAUCAAAGAUAAAUAUUCUUCAUCAUCAUCAUCAAAAUAUCGAAGAUCACCUCCUCGACCAUCUCGAAAUAAUCAUGAACGACGUCGUUCACCUCGUCCACCACCAACUGUUCAACAAUCUACACAACGUACAAUUGUCUAUAUGCAAGAAUCUUCACAUUCCAGUCGAGAUCGUCGUCGAACAAAAAGUCGUUCACGUGGAAAUGAUGAUCGUAUUACUUCAUCAUCAUCAUCAAAAAAAGAACAACAACAACAACAAUCACAAUCAGAAUCAAUACCUUCGUCUUCUUCUCCUUCGACAACAACAAUGCCAACUACACUUUCAUCAAAAAUCGAAACAGUAGUAGAAGGAAUGCCUGACAAAAAUCAAGAAGAUAGUUCAAAAAAUGGUAAAAAACAUAAGAAACAUCAUAAAAAACAUCGACAUUCAAGUUCAAAAAGCAAAAAACGUCAUCGAAGUAAAGACAAAGACAAGAAGACAAUAGUCGACGCACCAUCAUCAUCUGUUAUUGAAGCACAAUCAUAA